AACAACAACAACAUUAACAUAAUGUAAACAUGUCGCAAACAUAAUGUAAACAAAUUGCAAAAACUUUACAUCAAUCUUGCAAAAAGUGCGCACAAGUUUGAAAGAAACUUAUAUCUAUUUCUAGAAAUUAAAUUUCUAAUUUGCAAAUUGUUGAGUCAUAUUAUAUACAUACUUUUCUUGCUCUCUCUUUGUAUUUCCAUACCGGUACGAUAAUCUGGCAUUAUAAUUAAAUGUCGAAAACAGAAUAUAAAAAAAAAUUUAAUGCAUUUCGAUUUAAUAACUUUAAUAUAUAUCUUCUAAUUUUUUUGCAUGAAGAAUGUUUAUUUUUAUUUGUUAAACGAUCAAGAGAGUUUUCCAUAAAAAAUUUAAUAAAAUAACACACAUACAAUUAAAAAAAAUAUAAAAAUGGAUUAAGAGAAAUAAAGUAAAAAAACAAAUCAUAAAGAAAUAAUAAACGAGUAAAGAAAUAGAUAUAAAUUCGAUAUUAUAUAAGAUAUUCCAAAGAUCAGAAAAUGUAUUUAAACUACAUUAUAUGUGAUGAUUAUAAAAUUUAAUUUUCAUGAUACACGCUUCUACGGAUAACGAAUGAAUUAGGACUAUACACUUAAAAUUUUAAGGGUUUUUUUGCAUCUAAACAUAUCCGCGUGCAUACACUUGAUGAAAAAAAUAAUAGUAAAUAAUAGUAGAAGUUAGAAUAAAAAAAGCAUUUUCAGGAGCGCUUUCACACGAGACACGCGUUCUUCUAAAAGAAAAAAAAAAGCGGGCACGUCUGGGAACCCCAUGAGUACCUGAUGAUUCCACCUCAACUGGUUCACGCGACAUGCAAGCAGAAAGCCCGGCACGGUAUUACUCAAGAAAGGGAGAGUGGAAGGGGCAAGCAUGUUUGCGUAAAUGCCAUUUCAAAUACUUUUAUGUGAAAGUGGCGAUUUUUUUAUAUUUUUGGCGGCGAUGAUGGUGGAUGAGUGGUACUUUUCGCCUGUCCGUUGGUUCAAAAUUUUUAUCGACGCACGAAUAAUGAAGUUCAAAAUUCCAUCCGCGAUAAGAUCAGUAAUCGGGAUCCUCAGGUACCCGACCUUCCACGAACAUGUCUCAUCCGGCGAAAUACAUCGAGUUUCGGAGAACGACGACGGUAAUCGAUUAACUGGGAAUCUUUUCCCAUGAAAGAGUAAUCACAUGGCUUCAGGUCGAUCAGGUGCGAACGUCAAUGCGGGAAAAUUGUGUCGCGCGUAAACGUCAAAAGGGAAAGGCGUUGCGUUACUUUCAAAGUAAAAACUUCCUCGAAGUCUGCGGUGCAUACAGCGUAAUCGUAACCGUCCUCAUCACCAUCGCGAACAGACAGAGAAGAUAGUUGCCGGACAUUCCGUUUGAAGAUGCGAUUCUGCGAAGUACGAGCCAAUCAAUCUCGUCUUUCCGCUUUAAGUGAACGCCGAGCUGAUGACGUCGACAUCCGAGGCGAAUAGCGAUGUCAUGUUAAGGGAACCGGUGGUGGCGGUGAUCCGUCGAAAGGAAACGAAGAGCUGAUGACGUCAAAAAGAAGGAGGGCGCAUAUUCUCGAUGAAGAAGAAGAAGAUGAAGAAAAAGUCGCCGCAUCGCGCAAAUGAAGAUUCUCCUCUCCGGGGCCUCGGUCCCGGUAUCGAGGGGCUGCGGACAAGACGCGGACAAAGGAGAGGGGGCGAUUAGUCACACGUCUUCGCGUGUACCGGCACGCGUAAGCCCCCCCCGUUAAAGUGGGGCAACACUACCCACGUGCGCGUUCGCGAGCAGGAUAAAAAAUCCUUCGGGGAUCAGGGAAUACUCAGUUUUGAGCAAACCAUUAAGCGAGACGAAGCCGAAGACGAACGAGAAACGGAAGUCGAAGUCUCUCGGCUUGCAAGAGACUCUCCCAACAAUUCGAUUGCAUCGUGUAAUCUCGCCAAGUCCGCUGGGGAGAUCCACAAAACCAUCGGGGGCUCUCUUGUGCUGGUCAGUGUCGCACUGACCGAGCUUCGACUAGUGAACCAAUAUCGGCAAACAGUCAGGCUAUAAAACAGCUAGUUCGUCGAAAUAUUUUGGACUUACGUCACAGGAUUCGCCGAACGACUGGUCGAAACUGAACAUUUGCAAUCAGAUAUUGACGCAUCGCGUAUUCGCAUCUCUUAAUAUCUCACGGUGAAACACGCGCCGUCUCGAUCUUAUCGAAUCUCAAGGAAAACUCGAUAGAGAUCAAAUUCUUUGAAGAGAAACCGUUUUAUAAAAUCAAACAUUUGAGGAAGCGCAAGAAUUGACUUUGAGUUAUAAUCCCUCAAUUUCAAUAUCUUCAUCACGAUUGCGUAAGCAAUUCGGUAGAGAUCGAAAGUGCCUGAAUUGAAGGCGCCAACGACGCUGUUAACAGAGAAGAAGCCGCUAAUAAAGCGAUUGCAUCAGCGACAAAGAGUGCCGACCUCUGCAGAAUCUAAUUUUCAAACGAGUUUCAAAUUGACAUAAUGGCAGUAUUCGGCGUCAGAUUGUGCCUGCCUGUUCUUUUCGCUUGUGUUGUCAGCACGUCAGUUGUCCAAGGUCGGAAUCUGAGACGACGACACAAUCAUCAUUCUCAUCCAGAUUAUUAUCCAAAUUUUGAGGAAUCGAUGCCGCGUGAUUUGUCAAGACGCUUGGAGGAUGAUCUGGAGUACCAGCAAGAUUCCUACAGGAGACAGAUGGAACUCGAUCGUCCCGCGAAAUACAAAGAGCGAAUAUUGCCGUCUCGUCGAUACAAACACGUGUAUGAUCUAAGGAAUUAUGCCGAAUCCUUACGGCGAAAGGAUGAAAUAGGCAGGCAAGAGGACAUUAUCGAGGAUGCCUCGACGAAAUAUGUCGUCCGCGGGAAACGUCACAACAGACACGGCGGCCCAAUCUAUCAGAAUAUCAACGACCAGGAGAGGUUGGAGCUAGAGAUGAGCAGGCUGCACAAGCAGUUCGAGUUGCUACACCACACCAGCACGAGCGGCGGUCUUCGCGCGUCCUUCGAGCUAGAGGUGAAGGAGGCGCAGAAUAGCUCAAUUUGCAACUAUACUGUGGAAUUGAUACCCGACAACCGAGGCACCCGGAUGCCAAAGGACCUCGAGCACGUCAAGUGCAAUCACGCCGGUAGCAGCUGCCAGGACACAGGCGGCUACUGCUGCAUACAGACCUAUAGGUACAUCAAAGUGUCGUAUGGCAACGGAGAAGAAGAGAGGAUGAAGAUCUACGUGGGUUGCGUAUGUGCCCUUCAGGAUCUCAACAACGGUCUGUCGGUGGUGGAAUCAGAAUUACCUAUCAACGAUUGAUAUCGACGAGGACGAUCAAGGAAGGAUGACGACUCGCCGUGAUGAGGUGAUAAGAUGCGGCUAUCUUUUCAAGCCGAAUCAAAUGGAGCGCGUCCUUGAAUAGGGGGGACAUCCCGUUGUCGUCGUCUACAAUCCAUAAAUGAAUGCAUAUCUUUCUUUUCCUUUUUUUUUCUAUUUUCGCAUAAGAAUUCGUUUGAACAUUGCUUCUAGUGACGCGCGAGUACCAAGAAUUUAACAGAUUUAUUCAAUGUUUGACGUUCGAACGAUAGGAGAAGUAUAGUAUGGCGUAAUGCCGUGCAGUCUAAAAUAGGAAUAAGAAAUCGCUAUCGCAUGCAUUUGAUAUUUAUAGAUUCUCUUGGUUUUUGCGAUGUUGUUGCCAAACAAUGUGAUAAAACACGUACUCGAUUCAUAACGUAAUCGCUAAGGUAGUGUUAAAUCCGAUCGCACGUGUACGUAUCACGUAUCCGAAUGUAAUUAUCAUCGCGCAUUCAUCACGUGCGCCGUUUAGAUAGAUAAUGAUUGCGAGUGAAUCACAAAUGCCUAUCGCGAUUGACGCACAUUAUCUGUUUAUUGCAUAAAUUGUAUACACCAUAUCAUCUAUUUAUUCUCAUCAGCAUCUAUUUAUUUAUAUUUAUUUAUUUAUAUUUAUUUAUUUAUUUAUUUAAGUAUUUAUCUAUGUAUGUAUUUAUUUUUCGCAAAAACGAUGUGCAUUGUACAAAGACUUCUUUCAUGUAUCGAAAAUAAUAUUAUUUAUUUCGCGCCGGAAGGAACGAGGAUACAUAGCAAGAUAAUUUCCAGCGACAUAAUGUGUAAUUGGAAUUUACAUAUUCAGCAUAAUUGGCUUACAUAAUAAUAAGAUAAUGUGACUAAUAUUUUUAUGGUACAUGUCGAUCAAAAUAAGUGUUGGAACUUUGUAAUUUUUCUAUACAAUCUCAGAUAAUAUUUUUGCAGUCUUUUUAUGUACAUUUUAUAUGCACUAUUAAUAUAUAUACAUUUAUAUAUGUAUGUGUAUGUGUGUGUGUGUGUAUGUAUUCAUAAGAAAUAUGAACAGUAUUAAUCUAAAAUAUCGAGCAUCGGUAUUAACUAUAGGGAUGCAUUUACAAAUUUAAUUAGCAAAUUUGCUUUUUUACUUAUAUAGAAUCGAUAGAAGAGGAAACAAACAG